CUGCAGCUGGCACGCCGGCGGCGCCCCGUGCGCGUCGAAGGCACGCUGUACGACCGCAGCGGACCGUUCCGCGAGGGCGCCGUGACGGACGGCCUGUCAGUGCGCCUGUUCUCGGCCUCAGACUCGAGCGCCGACCCGAUGACCUACCUCAUCACCACGCCCGACAAUCGCGUCUCCUCGGCGGCCAAGCUGCGGCGCUGGGCCAUGGACGGCGCCGGCAACUUCUACGCCGCCAUGGAGCUGAUGAGCGUCGAGCGCAAGAUGCGCAACGCCGACGGCAGCGUCGGCAGCGGCGUCUCUCGCGCCGUGAUGCGCGGCCUACGCGAGCGCUACGUGCAGGACCUGCUCGACGAGGUGCAGAAGGCCGAGACGCUCAAUCCGGAGCGCGCCGGCACGGUGGCCAAGGUGCUGCGCACCGCCGACGGCAAGUAUGUGCGCCUCGAGGAGGACUAUCCCGAAGAGGCCUUCUUCGUCAUUGCCGGCUGCGAGCCCGCCGAGGUGGCGGGCGUCGUGGCGCUCGUCUUCUGCGGCGCGCUGCGCGCCAUCUCGCGCUUCCAUGCCGCCGGCUGGAUGCACGGCGACAUCAAGCUGGAGAACCUCAUGUUCGACGAGCGCGGCGAGCUCGUCGUCAUCGACUACGAAAACGCCAAUCCGUUCCGCGGCGCGCCCGGUGCCGGCCGCGACGGUCGCGUGGCGCUCGUGUCAUACGACUGGAUCCCACCGGAGGCCAUUCCGGGCCCGCAGGGCCGCCUGGCCGGUCCCGGCGCCGACCUGUGGGCGCUCGGAGCGAAUCUGGUGCGUGCGUUUGCGCUGCGCGACGGCAUCGACGACCUGCAGGUGCGCGAGGCGCUGCUCGGCAAGGGGCAGACGUCGUUUCUCGCCUUCCGCCGGCGGCAGUUACUGCGGCGCCGCAGCAUGGCCUCGCCGUCUGGCGCUGCUCCACGCACGGACAGCAGCGCCGCUCCCAGCGGCAAUGGCGCCGCCGCGCCGCACGAGUCGCCUGCUGCCGGGCCGUCGCCCGCACGGCUGCUCGAGGCCUUUGCGCGCCAGGCACCCAGUCUCUGCGCCUAUGUCCUGGCGCGCUGUCUCUCCGAACUGCCCGAGGAGCGCGGCGCCGACGCCGAGGCCGAGGGCCUGGCCCUGGUGCGCGACUUUGAGCGCGAGCGCGACGAGCUGGGCGAGCACAGCGCCCUGGCGCAGGGCGAGCGCGCCGUGCACGUCGCCAUCGAGCUCAGCGGCAGCGCGUGGGUGCGCCCCAAGCUCGAGGCGGCGCGC